GCUGCUGAGGGGUAUUGUUACCCUUCGCCUCGGAGGGCCAGGCGAGUGGGAGCUGGGAUCUUGUGCGCAGGCGUCCCCCGUGUCCCGACGCCCGGCUGUCUGUGCGGGGUGGGGCAGGGGCCGGUGCCCUGCAGAUCUCCCGCUGGAGAUGGAGCUUCCCGGGAUGCUGCGGGAACAGGUUCCCGAUCUGCAUCCUGGCGGGAUGAGCCGAGGAGCUGCUGCCCUGCUGGAUGGAGGCGAGUAGCUCUCUCGCCCCUGUCCUGGGUCCUUCUGAACGAGGAGGUUUGGUUUCAUCAGAGCAAGGCCACAGCGGUCUGGAUUCGGGAUCCCGCGGCCGACUACAGGGGUGGAGUCAGCGUUUAGGAAUGCCCUAACUUGUUAGACAAAAGUGUUUAGUAGGCAUUUAUUGAAUGCCCACUUCUUCCAGGCUUCGUGCGAGGAGUUGUGAGAUGCGGUGGUAAGAGACAGUCGUCCCAUCUUCCCUCCCUGGGGACCGACGACUUUGCACAUAACAACAGAAAUAAAUAAGGCAGUGUGUUAAGGGGGCUUGGAGGUUAGGUUUUUUUUUUUGUUUGUUGGUUUUGUUUUCCUAAAGUGCCGUUCACUAUGGUGAGUCUCUGUCCUAGCUUAGUGGAGGAUACUGUAGGAGCCACAUUUUGGUUCUUUAAUUUGGAGGAAAUUUUUAGGUUAAAGACUCAGCAAGGUCCUGUCCUUAAGUUAAUAAAACAAAGUUGUCACUUUCAAGGCUUGAAACAAACAUCUUUCCACAGUGCAUUCUUGUACUGUUGCGUUGUACUAGGACGUUAAGCAAAUUCUGUGCCUUAAGCAUUCGUGAUCCGUCUUUGUAUGAGAUGUUGUUCUUUAGAUUAUUUUAAAAGGUGGACCAGGCACUUCACUGUUUACUAGAGAUUUUUGUUUUCAUUGCCAAAAAGUCUCGUGGUUGGCAGUAAACUAAAGUUGGGGAGAGGGAGAGGACAGAUGGACAAAGGAGAGAGACUUUAGAGAAAAGCCCCUAAACGAAAGGAAGGCCUUCUGCUGCUCGUUUUAACCCUUGUGAAAUCUCAGCUGAAAUCUCAGCAAGCUUGGGAAGACAGACAGACCUGGCCCCCUGCCGCAGACUUGGUGACCUGCCAGGACAAUGGAUUUUCCUGGUCACUUUGAGCAGAUUUUUCAGCAGUUGAACUACCAGAGACUUCAUGGCCAGCUCUGUGACUGUGUCAUUGUAGUGGGGAACAGGCAUUUCAAAGCCCACCGCUCCGUGCUGGCAGCAUGCAGCACGCAUUUCCGAGCUCUGUUCUCUGUGGCAGAGGGAGAUCAAACCAUGAACAUGAUCCAGCUGGAUAGUGAGGUGGUGACAGCAGAGGCCUUUGCUGCGCUGAUUGACAUGAUGUACACCUCCACCCUCAUGCUAGGGGAGAGCAACGUUAUGGAUGUCUUAUUGGCAGCCUCUCACCUGCAUCUGAACUCGGUUGUUAAGGCGUGUAAACAUUACCUGACAACAAGGACGCUGCCCAUGUCUCCCCGCAGUGAGCGUGUUCAGGAGCAGAGUGCUCGCAUGCAGCGCUCUUUCAUGCUGCAGCAGCUGGGACUGAGCAUUGUGAGCUCAGCCCUCGGUUCCAGCCAGAGUAGCGAGGAGCCUCCAGCCCCCAUGAGCUCAUCCAUGCGCAGCAACCUGGACCAGCGGACACCCUUCCCCAUGAGACGCCUUCACAAGCGCAAGCAGUCUGUAGAGGAGCGGGCCCGGCAGCGCCUGCGCUCCUCCUUGGAUGAGGCUGCCAUUUCAGAUGUUACUCCAGAGAGCGGGCCUUCGGGCAUUCAUUCCCGGGAGGAGUUCUUUUCGCCAGACUCUCUGAAAAUUGUGGACAAUCCUAAACCUGAUGGGAUGGCUGACAACCAGGAAGACAGUGCUAUGCUGUUUGAUCGGCCUUUUGGUGCCCAAGAAGAUGCCCAGGUGCCCAGCCAGUCAGACGGCAGUGCUGGCAGCAUGGCCUCUCGUGCAACUCAGGUUGAAACUAGUUUUGAACAAGAAGCUGUAGCCGAGAAAGGCAGUUUCCAGUGUGAAAACCCUGAGGUCGGCCUCGGGGAGAAGGAGCACAUGAGAGUGGUGGUCAAGUCCGAGCCCCUGAGCUCUCCCGAGCCUCAGGACGAAGUGAGCGACGUGACCUCCCAAGCAGAGGGCAGCGAGUCUGUGGAAGUGGAAGGUGUGGUGGUCAGUGCCGAGAAGAUAGACCUCAGCCCUGAAAGCAGUGACCGGAGCUUUUCGGAUCCCCAGUCCAGUACGGACAGGGUUGGGGACAUCCACAUCUUAGAAGUCACAAAUAAUCUAGAACAUAAGACCUCUUUCAGCAUUUCAAAUUUUCUCAACAAAAGCAGGGGGAGUAACUUUAGCUCAGGUCAGAGCACCGAUGAAAACAUCCCAAAUACCACCAGUGACUGCCGGCUGGAGGGGGAGGCCCCUUACUUGUUGAGCCCAGACGCCGGGCCUGCAGGUGGGCCUUCCUCGGCCCCGGGUUCCCAUGUGGAGAACCCAUUCAGUGAGCCUGCAGACUCCCAUUUUGUCAGGCCUAUGCAGGAGGUGAUGGGCCUGCCGUGUGUGCAGACCUCAGGCUACCAAGGAGAACAAUUUGGGAUGGACUUUUCCAGGUCUGGCUUGGGUCUCCACUCUUCCUUCUCCAGGGGAAUGGUGGGUUCCUCAAGAGGAGGAGGCAGUAACUUUCCAUACUACCGACGCAUAGCUCCCAAAAUGCCAGUCGUAACUUCUGUCCGGAGCUCACAGAUCCCUGAAAACCCUGCCAGUUCCCAGCUGAUGAUAAACGGGGCCACUUCAUUUGAAAACAGCCACCCUUCCCAGCCUGGCCCUCCGCAGCUGACCAGGGCCUCUGCGGACGUCUUGUCAAAGUGUAAGAAGGCCUUAUCAGAGCACAAUGUCUUGGUGGUGGAGGGGGCUCGCAAGUACGCCUGCAAAAUCUGCUGUAAAACCUUUCUGACUUUGACAGACUGCAAGAAGCACAUCCGAGUUCACACGGGCGAAAAGCCGUACGCCUGCCUCAAGUGUGGCAAGCGGUUCAGUCAGUCCAGCCACCUGUACAAACACUCGAAGACCACCUGCCUGCGCUGGCAGAGCAGCAACCUCCCCAGCACGCUGCUCUAACCACCUCUGCUCGUGAGGCGUACACAGGCCAGGUCUGGACUGAAAUUAAAGUCGCUGUUGGCAGGCCGCUAAUGCCACUGGACGUGAGGCCUCAGCUGGCUGGCGGCUCUUUGAAUUUCAGCCAGUAGGAAGCAGAGACCUGUUCGGUGUCACGCUUACACAGCAGCACUCCUGAGGGAGGUGUGUACUAGUGAAAGCGACUGGAACCACGUCCCUGCUUAGGGUUGAGGAGUGCAGUUUGUCACUGAUGGUGUGUCACGUUUAGAAAUGGAAGCGCUUGAAAAACAUUUUAACACUAUUUUAAAGCCCUGUGAAGCAUUUAAUUAAACUUCCUACACCCUCUGAUGGGAAUAUCCCAUCCCUGUAUAGCAGUGCAAAACAUACUUACAUGUAACCAGGUAACUCGGUGCUGUCUGAAAAGAAAGGGACCCUGGAGAACAAGGCUGUCUGCCACAAAUGCUUUAAAAUGGAUCCUGAGCUCGUCCUAGGCCUCAGAAAAGACUGAAUUUUUUUUUAUCUGAGUUGCAGUCACCGACACUGCCCUCUGAUGGUGCUGACUGGUCCAGGGAACGCACCCUUGGACUAACAGGUGUAUAUACUUUUGAAUCAUCUCUGUGGAAUAGGUGUUAUUUUAUUUUUUCCGAUUUUCAAAACAAAAUUGUAAGUGGAGUGUGUACUUGUAGGGGUGAUGGUGGGUGUUUGUGUGUGCUGUGUUAGCAGUGUUCUCAACGACGUACUUCUGAUGCCGUAGUUCUGUUUGAAGUCAGCAGGAAGCUAGUGUCUCUUGUCCUUCUGGUAAUAUGGAGUCCUGUGUUUGUGGGGUUCAUGGUACAUAUGCCUUUCACUCCAUCCAGUCUGGCUGGCCCUGCCACCUGAGAUCAGCUACUCUGCUUUGUUAGUUCUCACCCCCAAGCCCCACAGAACCUCUCUCUGGGCAGAACCAGCUGAACUAACCACAGCAACCACGGUUCCACGACCUCGGCUGUCAUGGGGUCGCUCCUUUAACAGUCAGCGUCUAGUUACUAGAAACCUAAAUCUGGUAGUGUUCACGGCUCAGUCUUUCCCAGGCUUUGGGAGAGUUAGGCAGCCACAGCAUAGAACUCACCAGAAACAUCCAAGGCUCUUGGAGAAGCAUUCGGUUCUUUGUCCGGGAUCUCUGUGUCCUCCCUCUGCCUUGCUGGCAGGGCCGCUGCUCCCGGUGUGCACCCCGGGAACAGCACAGGGCCGUGCGUAUCUGUAGCUCGUUAUUUCAUUCGUGGACAAGAAUUCUUAUUCUUUCAUACAUCUUUCUUCAGAGACACCAAACCAUUGUGCAUAAUUCAGAGAGAUUCAGUUCUUAGGAGCAGAAAGCUCCACAUUUCUAUAUUUCCUAAGCAAUGAAUGUGCGCCUCCUCUUUAAGCUAGUGUGACCGUGAGUCUGUGGGUAGACCUGUAAUGUUGAGAGGGCACGCCAUCUGAACUGAGUCCCAGGGAGGAAAGGCCCUGUGGAAACCUGGGCCCUCCUUCUAAGCAGGUGUGUGGGAAAGAGACCAUUAGAGACAAUGGCGUCCCUUGAGAGACUGCUGUGCGCUUAUUGUCAGCAGACCUGUUGAGACACGAUGGGGGUGGGUCUCUAUAUCCACCAUCAUAAUGUAGGGACCAGUGGGAGUCGUGGGUCAGCAUGGAGAACCAGAGAUGCCCUGCUGGGCGAGGAGCCAGUGUCACAGGCAGAGAGUGGCGGUCAUUCCUCCUAUCUUAAGGAUGUGCGUGGAGCCUACCCCUCACCUCAGCUUGGAUAUAAAUGGACUUUGCUUUGGGGCCCGCCUCUCCACUGCUGGAUGGACCUGGAAUCUCAUCUACCUCGUAGUCAGUCUCUACGUGUGAGAAGCAAGCUUGCAGUGUCCUCCUACACGCUGUAGCACUUCAAGAUUCCCAAGGGGCCCUGGGAAGCUAGACCCAGGGUUGCUGUGACCUGGAGUUCUGCUGGGAUUCUAACCGGUACUGGGGACCUGACUUUUGAUUUUUUUUUAGCCUUAAUUAUAGCCCGGCAUAAUCAUGUACAAUCUUCUGGAGAUGGUAUCAAGUGUAGAGCACCCUGUUGGUGCUAAUGCUGGUCAGAGCAGAUUUUGAAAUAAAGUAUUUGCCAUAU